CUGGAAUUAUCUCUCUUCUGGAUGAAGAUGAGCCACAGCUCAAGGAGUUUGCUCUCCACAAGUUGAAUGCUGUUGUCAAUGACUUCUGGGCAGAAAUCUCUGAGUCAGUGGACAAAAUUGAAGUUCUCUAUGAAGAUGAGGGCUUUCGGAGCCGGCAGUUUGCUGCUCUAGUUGCGUCUAAAGUUUUUUACCACCUGGGAGCUUUUGAGGAAUCGCUGAAUUAUGCCCUGGGAGCAGGUGACCUCUUCAAUGUCAACGACAACUCGGAAUAUGUGGAGACGAUCAUUGCAAAAUGUAUCGACCACUAUACCAAGCAGUGUGUGGAGAAUGCAGAGCUGCCAGAAGGGGAGAAGAAACCUGUCGAUGAAAGGCUGGAGGGGAUAGUGAACAAAAUGUUCCAGCGGUGCUUGGAUGACCACAAGUACAAGCAGGCAAUAGGCAUUGCUCUAGAGACACGCAGGCUGGACAUCUUUGAGAAAACCAUCCUUGAAUCGAACGAUGUUCCUGGGAUGCUAGCCUACAGCUUGAAGCUCUGUAUGUCUUUGAUGCAGAAUAAACAGUUCCGUAAUAAAGUCUUGAGAGUUCUAGUUAAAAUCUACAUGAAUCUGGAGAAACCAGACUUCAUCAAUGUGUGCCAGUGCCUGAUAUUCCUGGAUGACCCACAGGCUGUGAGCGACAUAUUGGAAAAACUGGUGAAGGAAGAUAACCUUCUCAUGGCCUACCAAAUUUGCUUUGAUCUGUACGAAAGCGCUAGCCAGCAGUUCUUGUCUUCUGUGAUCCAGAAUCUCCGCACGGUUGGCACUCCCAUUGCCUCUGUGCCUGGAUCCACCAACACUGGCACCGUCCCUGGAUCGGAGAAAGACAGUGAUGCUAUGGAAGCAGAAGAGAAACCAGGAAGCACGUGUGCGGGGAAGUCUGCAGAAGUUAACCCAGAGCCCAAGGACCAGAUCUCAAAAAUGAUUAAAAUUCUAAGUGGGGAAAUGGCCAUUGAGUUACAUCUGCAGUUUUUAAUACGAAACAACAAUACAGACCUCAUGAUCCUCAAAAACACAAAGGAUGCAGUACGGAAUUCCGUGUGUCAUACAGCAACGGUUAUAGCAAACUCCUUUAUGCAUUGUGGUACAACCAGUGACCAGUUCCUUAGAGACAAUUUGGAGUGGCUGGCCAGGGCCACUAACUGGGCUAAGUUUACUGCUACUGCCAGCUUGGGUGUUAUACACAAGGGUCAUGAGAAAGAAGCAUUACAGCUCAUGGCAACGUACCUACCCAAGGACACCUCUCCAGGGUCGGCCUACCAGGAAGGCGGAGGUCUCUAUGCUUUAGGUCUCAUUCAUGCCAACCAUGGUGGGGACAUCAUUGACUAUUUGCUGAACCAGCUGAAGAAUGCCAGUAAUGAUAUUGUCCGACAUGGUGGCAGCCUGGGCUUGGGUCUGGCUGCCAUGGGGACGGCACGUCAAGAUGUGUACGAUUUGCUGAAAACAAAUCUAUACCAGGAUGAUGCAGUCACAGGUGAGGCAGCUGGGCUGGCACUGGGAUUGGUUAUGUUGGGAUCUAAAAAUGCUCAGGCUAUUGAAGACAUGGUUGGCUACGCACAGGAAACCCAGCAUGAGAAGAUUUUGCGAGGCCUUGCGGUUGGAAUUGCUCUGGUCAUGUAUGGGAGGAUGGAGGAGGCAGAUGCUCUCAUUGAGAGCCUCUGCAGAGAUAAGGAUCCAAUUCUCCGUCGUUCUGGCAUGUACACUGUCGCUAUGGCAUACUGUGGCUCAGGGAACAACAAGGCUAUCAGACGCCUACUACAUGUGGCUGUGAGUGAUGUGAAUGAUGAUGUGAGGCGGGCAGCUGUUGAGUCACUUGGUUUCAUUCUGUUCAG